AAUACGGAGUAGUUCAUUCGAUAACCCUGAUUCAAUCACCGCAAACACUAUAAUUUAUUUCAUCAUAGCCAACUUCAAUUUAUUCUUGAUUCACAAUUUAUCAUUUUCCUUACUUGAUGACUCAUAAACCUCACAUGGAGGAACGCCCAUUGAAAUAUUCUCUCUAUUCAACUCGACCGAUCCAAAGUCCGUCAACUGACUAGCUAUUCAUCGCCUAGACUUUUACUCUAAUAUUAAACAAGACCCUCAUUGUCUUUAAAACGUCGAGCACUCCCAGAAUCGAGAACCGCAAACACACAUCCACACAUCCACACAUCCACACAUCCACCUCAUACAGUCAACACGCAAAUCAAGAUCAAAAUGACGAGAGAUCUAAGAAGAAGAGUGCUGGAAAGUCAUAAGACUGUAUCCAAAAAAGCUGCAUCGCGAGUUGGUUCGAAAAACGCAUCGGCAGUAAAUUCUCGAACACAAUCAAGAAAUGUUAGUCGCCACGGCUCGGAUGAGGAAGAUGGUACUUUGAGUGAUGAUGAUAGUACAACAUGGAGGUAAAAUAUUCAAUCCUCCUCGUCACCUUCCUUAUCUCCCGACUGACAAUAUAAUUGCAGUGUUAACUCCAUUGAUGAUAUGCUCGACGCACAAGAACCACAUGAAGCAUCUGCUACCUGGGACCAAGAAUUGAACGAUCGCAUAGAAGAAAUCAUAGACCGAAAACGAAGCAGUGAAGAGGGUAGAGAACGUGCUUUGAUGGCAUAUAAUCAUUAUUUAAUGGUUAGAUAUUGUUACGACGAAAUCGAAAGCAAAAUCGCAGAGUUAUAUCCAGCUUUGUGUAAAAGUAUCAAACCCGAAACUGGAGAAAAGGAAGCUUGUCUGGCUUUAAGAGGUAUGCGUCACCAUCACCAUAUAAAAUCUGGGCAGUUUCUAAUUUUAUUGCAGCCGUUGGUCUCACAGUUAUUACUUGCCCUUCCGAAGAUGUUUACGAGGAUAUAUUUCGGACUCUCAAACAGGCCUACCAAAGAUCAGAACAUGUUACCGUCAAAGCAGCAGCUAUUCGAACAAUCGCUGCCUUGGCAACCUAUGGUGGCGCAUCCGAAACCGAAAUCGAAGAUUUAUUGGACGAAUUCCUAGAAAUUGUCGAGUCAGAUGGUAAUUCAGUGGAUGCUCCUGAUAGUGCUGAAGUUGUCACCGCAGCAUGUGAAGAAUGGGGUAGUUUAGCUACAUUUGUGGAUGAUUUGGAAGAAAGAUCCGAAGCAGCAAUGGAAGCAUUUGUCGAUCAAUUAGAAAGUUCGUCGACAUCAGUUCGGAUUGCCGCUGGAGAAAAUAUCGCCAUAAUCUAUGAAAAGAGUUAUACACCACGAGAAUCGGAUGAUCCUGAUGCUAGCGAGAAUGAAAAGGUAGACGAAUAUGGUUUCCCUCUGGAUGUCAGUCAAGUAAAACGCUACGAACCAUAUCGUCAAAAGAAUCAACUCGAACAUACACUCUCAGAAUUAGCAAAAGCUUCAUCGAAAUCUAUAUCCAAAAAGGAUCGAAAAACAUUACAUGCCACUUUUGGAGAUGUUCUAGCUACAAUCAAAUACCCAGUCCGAGGACCAAAAUAUUCAAAUGUUAUUGAUGAGGAUGGCCAUCUAUUAGGAUCUAGAAUGUUCGUUCGCAUUCAUAAGACUGGAGUUAUGAAGAUUGAUAAAUGGUGGAAAUUACACAGAUUACAAGCUUUAAGAAGAGUUCUUGGUGGUGGUUUUAUGACCCAUUAUCAAAAUAAUGAGGUUGUUUUACAAAGUUUACCGUAAGUAUCAUCUCUUCAAUUAGGGCUUGUCGAAAAUAUACUAACAGGAUAUACAGUGCAUUAGUCACUAGAAACUAAAUUGAUCGAACCUCGUGCUAAAUUUUUGGAGAUACUCCAUCUUUCUUUAUCUUAUUCUUUCAGACACGAUUUUACAAUAUCAUUUCUACGUCUAUUCAACUCCGAAUUCUCAUUUUGGGUGGUUACGCUGCUGCUUCAUUCGAUUGCGCAUUGGGAGGCGGGCAAACAUAUAUUAUGUUCAUAUGAUACUAUUAUGAUACCAGCAACAAGGACUAGGAGUUUUAUGGAUUGAUGGGUGGAUGUCAAACCAGGAGGGAAAAAGCUUAGGGAUUUUUCUAAGGCGGGGUGGCUGGCAUUUUUUACUUUGUGAUACGAUACGAUGCAAUUCAAUGCGGGUAGUAUUUGGUAUACCCUGUUUGCAAGGUCAUUAGUAAGUCGGUAGCCAGUAAUCAGUAGUUGAGUGACGCAAUAUAAAUAUUGCG